AUGGUAGCGAAAGAGAUGGCUUUGGGUGACAGAAAGGAUCCCACAAAUGCGUUCAGGUGGGACAAAGUCAAGAUGAAUCUCCCAGGGUCUAGCACCUACGACGCAGGUCUGCCUUGGGUGUUCAAAAUCCGCUGGUCAGACAGGAAGAUUGCGGCGGAUCUUCUCAUCUAUGUGGAUGACGGACGAGUUACGGCACCAAACAAACUUGAGUGUAAGCGGGCCACCCGGAAGGCGGCAAGUCGAUUGAAUGAACUAGGUAUACAAGAAGCUGCAAGAAAGCGAAGGUGGGGGUCUUGGAAGCCUUGGGCUUGGGCUGGGUUGUUGGUGAAAACGACCCAUGAUUCUGUGAACGUGUUUGUAUCGCAGGAAAGGUGGGACAAAACUAAGGCUCAAGUCAGAGAUAUGGUGGAAGAGUUGGACACCUCGGUUUCAGGAACUUUGAAACACAAACCGCUUGAGCGGAAGCGCGGGUUUCUGAUUUAUGUGAUAUGA